AUGCUGUCGUCGUCGUUUGUGGAACACGCUGCCCUUGGCUUUGCAUUUGCGGUACUAUCGUUGUUCGUUCUAGCGUUUGCUAUCAUCGCCGUCGUACUCGUCACCAUUACCAACAACUGUUGGUGGAACUGUGAUUCCGAAGGCGAUCCCCUGAUGGAGGACUACAAUACAUUAUUCCCCGGAGAUGAGGAGGAGUGUGAAACCGGAAAUCUCGAGCCGAUCGAUACGGUGAUCGGGAACACGCCACGGAACGCGGAUAUCGUCUGA